CAUAAACUUCGAAGCAGAAGAAAAAGAAGCGUCACCUCGGAAACGCUCCUCCAAACUCUGCAGAGUGAUGCUAAAACUGCGCUACAGCGGAAAUUUACUCACUAGGUUUGCGCCAAAGGUGGACCUGUGAAGAACCUGUGAAGAACCGUCUCCGUCAUUUCUGGGACCAGGAUGGACGUCAGCAUCGCCGUGUCGCUGAUCCGAGGCCAGAUGGGCACCGUGGUGGAGCGGGCGGUGAACGUCGCCGUGGAGACGGUGCUGGCCGAGAUGCUGAAGGUGGUGGGGGUGAAGUUCGAGGAGCUGAAGGCCCAGCUGGUGCUGACGAAGAAGGACGUGGCGGCGCUGCAGAGGGAGAAGGCGCUGAAGGAGAAGGAGAACGACAACAUCCGGGCCAAGCUGCGCUACACCGAGCUGAAGCUGAAGUACUACCGGCAGGGCGUGGAGGAGGAGCUGCAGCAGAGGACCUCCACACUGGUCCGAAUCCACAGAGGAGGGACCGGAGUCUCAGCCGCCGAGGCCUCCAUGUCCUGCUCUGCUCAGAUCAGAACCAACGAGGAAGCAGCGGCGAGAAGUAACCAAGUCCCAGAAUGCACCUCUUCCCAGAUGGCCGGCAGACGAGCAGUCAGAGUUUGUUGUCCGUCUGAUGAUGUUGCUUCUCAUCCGUCUGAGCUGCUGCUGCCGCUUUCACUGAGCGUCAACACGCCUGUAGAAGCUCUGGACAGCAGCUCAGACCCAGCUCAGAGCAAAGACGUGGACCUGGACGAUGAGUGUGAGUGGACGAUCACUCUGCAGCCUCACACUGAAGCUGUGGACGCCGUCGUGGCUCCGCCUCCCGUCCACACUCACACUUUAGAUGGAGGUCAACAGUCAGCAGCUCCUUCAGAGUCUCCAGACAGAUUAACUCAGGCUGACAGCUCCACACUGCCCUCUGCUGGUCUUCAGGUGAAGCAGGAGGAGGAGGAGGAGGAGGAGGAUGUGAUCUGCAUCAAGGAGGAACCAGAGGAGGAGCAUCAGGGGAUGGAGACGCUGCUGCUGGACUGUCAGGUGAAGACAGAUCCUCCUCCAGAGUCUCAGGUGAAGCAGGAGGAGGAGGAAGAGGAGGAAGAGGAAGAGGAGGAGGAGGAGGAGGAUGUGAUCUGCAUCAAGGAGGAACCAGAGGAGGAGCAUCAGGGGAUGGAGACGCUGCUGCUGGACUGUCAGGUGAAGACAGAUCCUCCUCCAGAGCCUCAGCCUCAGAGGUCGAUGACUGAUUGGUCCAGGCUUCCAGGAGACCAGAUGGACCAGAGUUCAUCCUCCAAUCCGAGCAGCUAUCCACUCCCUCCUCUGUCCUCCUCCCUGCCCUCUCUGGCGGUUCUUCCUCCCGUUCCUCCUCCCCAGGCGGUCCGGCCCUGGACCAAAGACCUGAGCAUCUAUGAUGAAUUUAAACUCCGCAGGAACGAGCUGCGACGGCAACACCGGAGCAGACGGAGAGAGCUGGAGAAGACGCUGCCUCAGCCGCUGCUGGCAGACCUGGUUCGAGAGCGCCGGGAGAAGACCAGACUGAGAGUCGCUCGGUGGAGGGCAAAGAGGAAACUCCAGGCCUGUUUGAACCAGGCUCAGCCUCAUGGUGGCGCUGCAGCUCAAAACCAAAGCGGGUUUCCUGUCAGCAGUCAGCAGCUCAGAACUCCUUCAGCUUCUCCUCAGUCCAGCAGCUUCCUCAGCUCCAUGUCCUCCAUGCUGCCCUUCAUCCCCUCAUCUUCCUCCUCGUCUGCUGCUGGCUCCUCAUGA